UAGGUGGAUUGUGGGUUAGGGAAAGAGACAGUUCCUAAAGGAACUAGGUAAGGGUUAGCAUAGAUAUAUUUCUAUGGGGUUAGGACCUGCAGAUUUUAUCAGUCUCGAAAUGUAAACAAGGCUAGCGCUAACCCUAAACCAAGCCUAACCCUAACUCACAAUCCACACAUGACGUCAUAUGCGCAGGACCGUCUCCGAUCUAGCGUUCUUUUACGCUACGUUAAUAGGUCAGUGGGUCAUCGGUCUACGUCAUUAGAAGCUAACCGGAAGUUUUUGUUAUCCUAUCACAACAAUGGCGGCUUACUGUGAAGCAGAUGAGAAUCAUCCUCAUCAAAUUGAUCAAUUAGAACAAGCGUUUAAAAAUUGUAUAGAACAGUUGUCAACCCAAGAACAUUUUAACACAUCAGACACAGAAGAAAAUAGAGUUGGAAUAGAACAGUCAGUUCAGAAAUUUAUAGAUCUGGCACGUCAAACAGAAUCUUUUUUCCUCAAUAAAAGAUUAGUUUUAUCAACACAAAAACCUGAGCAAGUACUUAAAGAGGAUAUACAAGAAUUGAAAGCCGAGUUGGAUAGAAAAGAGAAAUUAAUAGAAAAACAUCAUGAACGAUUACAACAAUGGCAAAACUUGUUACAUAGCAUGCCUGGAAGUGGAGGAUCUCAAUCUACUGGUCAAAGUCAUCUCCCCCCACCACCUCAAGGUCCCCCUCCCCCUCAUCCUGGUAUGAUGCAUGUACAACAGCAGCAGCCUUCUGCACAAAUGAACCAGUUUACCGUACCUGGUCCUCCUCCCUCAGGUCCCCAACCUUUUGUUAUGCCUCCUCCGCAUCAACCCCAAACAUCAUACCCUACACCUUUAGCAUAUCUUGAACAGAACUUAUCAAAUAUUGGAAUGCCAGAUCGAAGAUGAGAUUAACAGAUAAAAAAAUGAAACAAGUGGUUAAAUUCUUUAAGAAGAAUAACAUUAUAUUCAGUGAUUUCAUCACUUCUGCUAGGUACUAUGACUUUAAUGGUGUGUAUAUACAUGUAAUGUAUAUUAUGUUGCAGCAGUAUUCCAUAAUCCAUUUUAAUCACUGCCUAAAAUAACAAUAAUUCCAUGUUCCUUCUGGUGACUGUUUUGAAUAUUUUAUUGUUAUAAUGAAUUGAUAAAGACAACCAUAAAUAUCGCUUAAGAGUAUUCUAUCAGGCAUAGUAGAUAUAUCACAGUCAAUGUAGAACUACAUUGGGAUUAAAAUUAUGUUCAUCCUAUCAAUAGGAUAAAGUAUUAAUAUCAAAACAACAUUCAUUGAAUAUUUUUUAUUGUUUUAUGGUUUUUGCUAGUAAACAAAUACAAAAAAAAUGACAAACCUGGUUACAUAUUUACAGUAAUGAAAUGCAUUUACUUGGCCGUUUUUUGUUUUAGACAUUUUCUAUAAAUUAUUAGUGAAUCGAAUUGAGCAGUAAGUUGUAUUAUAUGUACAUGUAUAAUCUUUUAAUGUCAUUAUUGGAAAACAUAUUAAACAUCUAUUUAUUA